GUCAUUGUCAAUGAUAUGGGCCAUACGGAUACUUUUUUACAGGAAAUGGCUGGAGGUCAGUUUGUUGGUUUUGGUGCCGAUGUCGGCAAUAUAGCAAAUUCAGCGAUUCAAACCGUUAUUGGAGUGGCGCCGAGGAAUCGAAAUGCGAUCAGUUGGGAGAAGCCACUGUUGAAGAAAAUCGAAGAGACGGCCGCAGAGCAUGCCAGCUCGUUGAAUGAAAGUGAUCGAGAACAGCUGCAAACGAUUCUCGAAUGUGGACAACCCUCGUCGAGUGGUUCUCAAGAUGUCGGGCAAUUCGAUGAAGAACCUGAAAGGCCACCAUCGGUAUUGCUCGAAGCAGUAACACUGAAUGCAAACGCGACUGAGUCUGAUAUGUUUUCACGAGGUUUACGAGUGCCUCGACCUAUCUAUGUGAAGCAGUUAGUGGUUUUGAGAUUUUUUGCAUACGCAUAUUCUUAUUGA